AUGGAUACUCCACCAGAAAAGGAUUGGAUUCAAUUGGACCAUGGUCAGGUCCGCAGCGGACUUGGCCUCGUGUCAUCCAGGACGUCUGAAAGGCUCAAUCAAGUUGACCGGAUUCGAGCCAAUGGGGUGGGGGACCACAUCGCGCUUCCUCAGCUGGUUGUCUGUGGCGAUCAAUCGGCGGGGAAAAGCUCGGUGUUGGAAGGAAUCACUGGAAUCCCGUUUCCUCGCCAGGACGGAGUGUGUACUCGGUUUGCUACAGAGAUCAUCCUUCGCCACGAGCCAAACCAUCGCCGCAACACCGCCACCAUCCUCCCUCAUAUAUCCCGCACGGAAGAGGAAAAGGCAAAGUUGAGCGCCUUCCGCCGCGAGGUCAGUGACCUCGCGCAGUUGCCCGGCAUCAUAGAAGAAGCUGCCAGACUGAUGGGGGUACAAGGGAUGAAUGACUUGGCUGAUGCACCGACUUUUGCCGCGGAUGUACUUCGCUUGGAGAUUGUCGGGGAUACUGGCUUGCAUCUGACCCUUGUUGACCUGCCUGGAUUGAUUUCUGUGUCUGAAAAUGAUGACGACGUGCAGCUUGUCGGCGAUCUCGUGAACUCAUAUCUGGAGAACUCGCGGUCGAUUAUCCUUGCCGUGGUCCCCGCAAGCAGCGACGUGGACACUCAGAGUAUCAUCCAACGUGCUCGUCGAUUUGACAAGGACGGGUUCCGGACUGUUGGAAUCAUUACCAAACCGGAUCUCAUCAAUGACGGCACCGAGGGCCGUAUUGCAAAAUUGGCCAACAAUGCAGAUCGGACGAAACUGAGGCUUGGAUUCUUCCUGGUCAAGAAUCCACGGCCGAUUGAUUUGGAGAAGGGCAUGACUACGGCCGAGCGCCGGAAGGUGGAGGCGGAAUUUUUCGCGCAUCCCCCUUGGAACAAGCUAGGACUCGAUCCUUCACGGGUCGGUAUCGACAAUCUUCGAAUUUUCAUGCAAGACCUCCUUGAUCGGCAUAUCGAACGCGAGUUACCCAAGGUUCGAAAGGAUGUGGCUCAGCUGCUCCAUGAUAUCAACAAGGAACUCAUGGACCUUGGGGAUCCGCGCACUUCGCCUGCACAGAUACGUAUGUACCUGACUCGCAUUGCGACCGACUUCCAGAAUCUUGUCCAGGCUGGGGUUGAAGGGAUAUAUGGCAACCGAGAUAGCUUCUUCCACGAAAUUGAUGAUGAGAGAGACUGUCACCGUCUUCGGGCCGCAAUCCACGCAGAGAAUGGGAAAUUUGCCGCCUACAUGAGACGGCAUGGACAGAAACGCAAAGUGAUAUCGGCAGAGCUUCAGGAAGAUACAGAGACGGAGACAGAGGCCGGCCAGAUCUUGGUGGCCAAGGAGCAAAUGUCGGCGUGGAUCAAGAAGAUAUAUGACCGCACCCGUGGCCGAGAACUGCCCGGCAAUGGUAACCAUGCAUUGCUUAGUGAACUAUUCCACGAGCAGUCGUCUCGUUGGGGUGAUAUUGCUCGCGACCAUGUCAACGCAAUCACGGAUCUGGUGUAUCAGUUCGUUCAGUCUGCGUGUGCAUUUGUGAUCAAAGAUACCAAUGCACGGCAAACCAUUUCUUCCAUUAUCACUGAAAAACUGGGUGAUAAUGCAAAGGGCGCCCUCCAUGAACUGAGCAAGUUGCUAGCUGACGAGGCUGGUUAUCCUAUCACAUACAACCAUUACUAUACAGACAAUGUCCAAAGGGCACGCAACAACCGGUGGAGGCAAGAUCUUCGCACAUCGCUCAAUAAUGCCAUUACCCAAGACUGGAAUGGUCGCUUUCACGUAAACAACUCGCCUGACGAGAUCAGUCGGCUUGUGACGUCUCUCCAAAAUCAUCACAUCAUCGUUGAUAUGGAAGAGCGGGCAUGCUAUGAGGCGGAAAUGGACUUGGAUGCCUACUACAAGGUUGCUAGGAAAACUUUUGUCGACAAUGUCUGCCGCCAAGUUAUCGAGAGACACAUUCUCACGAACCUUCCAACUGUCUUUAACCCGAUGACUGUCAGUAGCUUUUCGGAUGAAGAUCUCGUCUGCUUAGCCACCGAGUCACCUAGGGUCAGUAAGCGCCGGGUUGAGGCCACUCAAUUACAAAAGGCACUGGCGGACAGCCUUCGUGAAUUGCGUUGA